GGCUGGGGAGGGAGCUGGAUCUUGGAACACAGAUCUCCGGUUGCAGCAUCCUUGGAGCUGCUGUAAUUUUUUUACAAGGAGCGGAUUGAGGGAAGGAGAGACAGACAGAGAGAGCUAGAGAGCGAGAGAGGGAGAGAGGGAGAGAGAGAACGGAAAGGAAGAAAAUAAUUACAAGGAUUAUGUUUGUUUUCCCAACCGACUGCAUCUCUGUGGGGCUACAGCAUUUCUACUGAGUAGCCAAGAGUCACAGCUGAGGAGGAGAACAAGGAAGGAAGGCGAAUAGAGGGGGAAAGAGAGAGCAUAGGGGGAGAGAGGGAUAGAGUGAGAGAAAGAAAAGAAGGAGACCCUCUACAUCUUGCUCCCCCCCUCUCUACACCUACAACGCGGCACUCAGCUAGAGACGGAGGGGGCUGUUUUGUGACUGUUGUCUAUGGAGUUCACAAUGCUUCAUCAGACCUCAGUUACAGCAAUAAACACAAACGGCACCACAGAGUGAGCCCAUCACGAACUUCAGCGCCCCACCUGAGAGGGAAAGAUGUCUCUAAGCACGACAGAGGCCAACUUCUCCAGCCCCAUCCCCACAGCCGUCUUUUUCCCAGGCGCUACGGUGACUGGCGAUGGUCGUGACAACAGCACUGCCCAGACCACCACCAUAACCAUGUCCGUUGCCAUGGUGACGAAUGACACCACUUUCAACUCCACAAAGCUGCCAGAUAUGGAAACGGCGGGGUCCGGGAUGGGCAUGGUCCUCGUGCCCUUUGGCAUCAUCACUGUUAUCGGCCUGGCUGUGGUUAUGAUGCUAUAUAUCAGGAAAAGGAAGAGGCUGGAGAAGCUGAGGCACCAGCUCAUGCCCAUGUAUAACUUUGACCCGGCUGAGGAGCAGGACGAGCUGGAGCAGGAGCUGCUAGACCAUGGCCGUGAGGGUGCUGGCACCGGAGCCAAUGCCAAGCCAUUGUUUUCACAAGAUGCCAUAGCAGUUUGAACUGAAAAGACACUGAUGCCCAGUCAAGGGACAGCACAGAGGCCCAGUCGGCUCGUCUUCACAGAUGUGGCCAAUGCCAUCAAUGCAUGAUGUCACUGUUACUAGCACAUGUAGGGGGUAGGGUGGGUGGUAAGACUGGACAGUGGUGUCCCCUUAGGUUUAGGGUGUUAUGGUGGUUAGGAGAGAGGGGAGCAAUGGCCACAAUGACAUUACAUAGGGCAUGAAAUAGAUCUCUAAGUAUGGAACUGCACUAAGAAUGUACAUAAAGGUAAUAACUUCCAAUUGUCCUCAUACAAGCCUGAUCUGAAAAGCUGGAUACAGAGCAUAUGGGAUUUGUUUCAUACUAUGAUGAAUGUCACUUGUGAAAAAGGGAAACAUCAGCUGUAUACCAGCAUACUUCCAAAUUCACAGCACAUUCUAUUUUAUCAAGUGUACAAUAUAAAAUUUUUAAAUGUGUUUUUUUCAUUAGACUACAUUUUUAGGUUUUCAUUUUCCAAAAAAAAAAGAAAAACCCUUUUGAGAGAAACUUCCGGAUGUGGUUUGUGUAAAUUUCAGGAUCUCAGGAAGGUGGUGUUGAGUAAUGUGCUAAUCCUGCAGGUUUUAGGAUUGCCAUUCAAUUAUCAAUCAAUUUUCUUCCAAGAACACCAGGUGAGGUGAUUGCUUGCCCUGACAAUGACAACAAUUAAUUAAGGCAGAUGUUCAGCAAUUGACUUAAGAUUAUUCAGCUGAGAGGAUGGAUAUUGCCAAUCGCUGGUGUAGAUUACUCCUAUAUUUUGUUCAAUAGAGAGAUUAGAGAUUGGUUAAAUGGGAAUUGGAGUCCUGGGAAUGAAGUAUUUUGAACUACUGCUAGACUUCAUCACCCAUGAGCCCCUCUGCAACAUCUGUGGCAUUCAGGCCUGCUUAUUAAGUGCACUCUUGCAUUGCCCUCCAGGCCCCAUCAGCCAGACUCUAUGACUUUGUGUGAAAUGUUGUAUUUAUUGCAGUGAUUGGGUGGUGCUGCACAAGGGCUAUAUGGAAUCAUGUGAUAAAUGGAGUAUUAGCUGCAGUCUACCUUUUCCUGUAUGUCUGAUCACUUCAGAAGACUGCAACGCAGGGCAUGUGUGGUUUGUGAACACUGAUCGAUGGAGUAACUCUCUUUCUCUUGCUGCCCUCCCAGAAUUCUGGGCUUCAUAAUGCAUUUAUUUAUUUAUUUUACUUUUUUUGUUCAGUUUAUUAACCUGAACCGCUGGAUAUAAGCAACAAGUUGACAGGAGAAAUCUACGGCAUUGUACAGAAAAGACACGUAACUUUGAAACUGUUAUAUUGUAUAAUGUUGAUCCUUGGACGCAUGAGUUAUUUCAAUAACUGUCGCACCUUACUGGGCACUUACUGGAUUUAGAGAUGGAUAAGACUGUUUGUUUUAAGGCAACACGGCUGAGCCUUGUUUGUCAUGUCUGCUGGAUGGUAAUGUGACUGCCACUCUCACGCCUGGGCAGCCUUCACUAAAGGGAAUAUACGGAACACUGCACAGACCCUGACAGAGCAGCUGCAGGAGACGAUGAGAGGCUAUUUGAACGGCGGCAGGGGUGGGGAGGUAGGCGUGGCCAGGACAAACGGUUCACUGGGUCAGUUUUGGGAGGUUCGCGCUGACUGCCACUGUGGUGGAGGCACUGUCUGGCCUGUUUCAUCUGCACAUUGGGUCCUCCCACCCCACCCCCUUCACAGUGUGACAGGUAGCAGGUCCCCACACAUUCAUGAGUGACAAGAUCUCUCCACCUUUCAACGCUUCAAGACACUCUCUGAUGACCCAAAGAUGUUUUCCACACUGUGUACCAACAAAGAACCACUGCAGUAAUAUUGUGGUGAUUUAAGUUUGUGGUGAUUAAAACUCAAGACUGAA